GUAUCUUAAUAUUUCCUAGACUUUUUUUUCUAUGUAGACGUGUUCAGAAUAUAAUAUUGACAUUAAUAGUACAGAUUUCAUAAGAUUAUUCUUUGGAAGUUCUUCGAAAAGAAAAAAUAUGUUCGCUGUUCAAAAAGUAGCUAAUAGAGCACCGUUAGCAUUAAAUCUAUACAAAACUCAAUGUAGAAGUUUACUUGGUACACCUCCAAGAGUUAGAAUAUCUUUUACUGAAAAGAUGCUGCAUGGUGCAGCACUUUAUAUAGGAUUAAUGGCGAUUCCAAUAUACAUUGCAUGCAAUGUAAAAAAUUAUAAUGCAGCCAAAGGUUAAAUAAAUUUCUGCAGUUAUAUUUUUGUAAAUUGAACAAGUAUUGUAGAAAAAUGUUAUAACUAUUAUCAUAUAAUCAAAUUAAAUAUUAAAAUAAAUAAAAUAAUCAAAAUAUAAUUAAUGUAUUAUAAUUAUUUUUUAUAUUUGCAUCAUAGAGCACUGAACAUUAAGUACUGUUUAAGGAAUCAUUGACUUAAAAAUAUUUUGUUUGUAAGUCAUUUUUGAUUUGUUAAAAAUUGGAUUUUCUUUU